AUGGGCUGGAGGGGGACCGACCCAAGGGCUCGCAGCACUGACAGCCUGGAUGGCCCAGGGGAGGGCUCCGUGCAGCCCCUGCCCCCCGCUGGGGGACCCAGUGUGAAGGGGAAGCCUGGGAAGAGGCUCUCGGCUCCUCGAGGUCCCUUUCCCCGGCUGGCAGACUGUGCCCAUUUUCACUAUGAGAACGUUGACUUCGGCCACAUUCAGCUCCUGCUGUCUCCAGAGCGUGACAGUCCAAACGUCUCUGGAGAGAAUGAACUGGUGUUCGGGGUGCAGGUGACCUGUCAGGGCCGUUCCUGGCCAGUUCUCCGCAGUUAUGAUGACUUCCGUUCCUUGGAUGCCCACCUCCACCGAUGCAUAUUUGACCGGAGAUUUUCCUGCCUCCCAGAGCUUCCUCCACCCCCAGAGGGCGCCAGGGCUGCUCAGAUGCUGGUGCCGCUGCUGCUGCAGUACCUGGAAACCCUGUCAGGGCUGGUGGACAGUAACCUCAACUGUGGGCCGGUGCUUACCUGGAUGGAGCUGGACAACCACGGCCGGCGACUGCUCCUCAGUGAGGAGGCCUCACUCAAUAUCCCCGCAGUGGCCGCUGCCCAUGUGGUAAAGCGGUACACGGCCCAGGCACCUGACGAGCUGUCCUUCGAGGUGGGGGACAUUGUCUCCGUGAUCGACAUGCCGCCCACGGAGGAUCGGAGCUGGUGGCGGGGCAAGCGGGGCUUCCAGGUCGGUUUCUUCCCCAGUGAGUGUGUGGAACUAUUCACGGAGCGGCCAGGUCCAGGACUAAAGGGGGAUGCCGAUGGUUCCCCAUGUGGUGUCCUGGCUUCCCAGGGUGUUUCCUCUCUGACCUCAGCGGUGCCCCGGCCGCGGGGGAAGCUGGCUGGCCUCCUCCGCACCUUUAUGCGCUCCCGCCCUUCCCGGCAGCGUCUGCGGCAGCGGGGCAUUCUGCGGCAGAGGGUAUUUGGCUGUGACCUGGGAGAACACCUCAGCAACUCAGGCCAGGAUGUGCCCCAGGUGCUGCGCUGCUGUUCUGAGUUUAUUGAGGCCCAUGGGGUGGUGGAUGGAAUCUAUCGACUCUCAGGUGUGUCAUCCAACAUCCAGAGGCUACGGCAUGAGUUCGACAGUGAGAGGAUCCCUGAACUGUCUGGCCCCGCCUUCCUGCAGGACAUCCACAGCGUGUCCUCCCUCUGCAAGCUCUACUUCCGAGAGCUGCCCAACCCCUUACUCACCUACCAGCUCUACGGGAAGUUCAGUGAGGCCAUGUCGGUGCCAGGGGAGGAGGAGCGCCUGGUGAGGGUUCACGAUGUCAUCCAGCAGUUGCCCCCGCCGCACUACCGGACCCUGGAGUACCUGCUGAGGCACUUGGCCCGCAUGGCGAGACACAGUGCCAACACUAGCAUGCACGCCCGCAACCUGGCCAUCGUUUGGGCACCUAACCUGUUACGGUCCAUGGAGCUGGAGUCAGUGGGGCUAGGGGGGGCAGCAGCAUUCCGGGAGGUGCGGGUACAGUCGGUGGUGGUGGAAUUCCUGCUCACCCACGUGGACGUCCUGUUCAGCGACACCUUCACAUCUGCUGGCCUCGACCCUGCAGGCCGCUGCCUCCUCCCCAGGCCCAAGUCCCUUGCGGGCAGUGGCCCCUCCACUCGCCUGCUAACACUAGAGGAAGCCCAGGCUCGGACCCAGGGUCGGCUGGGGACACCCACCGAGCCCACAACUUCCAAGGCCCCAACUUCACCUGUGGAAAGCCUCCUAUGUCUUGACCCAAACUCCAGGAGGAAAGGGGAGAGAGGCGAGAAACAGCGGAAGCCUGGGGGUAGCAGCUGGAAGACCUUCUUUGCACUGGGCCGGGGCCCCAGCAUCCCCCGAAAGAAGCCUCUGCCCUGGCUAGGGGGCACCCGGGCCCGACCGCAGCCUUCAGGCUGCCGACCUGACACUGUCACACUGAGGUCUGCCAAGAGUGAGGAGUCUCUGUCAUCGCAGGCCAGUGGGGCUGGCCUCCAGCGGCUGCACAGGCUACGGCGACCCCACUCCAGCAGUGAUGCUUUUCCCGUGGGCCCCGCACCUGCUGGCUCCUGUGAGAGCCUGUCGUCAUCCGAGUCCACCGAGUCCUCCUCCGAGUCGUCUUCUUCCUCUUCCUCCGAGUCCUCCGCAGCUGGGCUGGGAGCACUCUCGGGCUCCCCUUCACACCGAACCUCGGCCUGGCUAGACGACGGUGACGAGCUGGACUUUAGCCCACCCCGCUGCCUGGAGGGGCUCCGGGGGCUUGACUUUGAUCCCCUUACCUUUCGCUGCAGCAGCCCCACCCCCGGGGACCCAGCACCUCCCGCCAGCCCGGCCCCCCCGGCCCCCGCCUCUGCCUUUCCACCCAGGGCGACCCCCCAGGCCCUCUCGCCCCGGGGCCCCACCAGCCCUGCCUCACCCACUGCCCUGGACAUCUCGGAGCCCCUGUCUGUGUCAGUGCCACCUGCUGUCCUGGAGCUGCUGGGGGCUGGAGGAACACCUGCCUCGGCCACGCCAACACCAGCCCUCAGCCCUAGCCCAGGCCGGCGCCCCCACCUCAUCCCCUUGCUGCUGCGUGGAGCUGAGGCCCAGCUGAGUGACACCUGCCAACAAGAGAUCUGCAGCAAGUUGGCAUUGCCUGGUCCCCGGGGAGCCCAAGGCCAGCAUGGUGCUGGUAUGGAUUCACCGCUGCUGCCCCCUCCCCUGUCCCUCCUGCGCCCGGGGGGGGCCCCACCCCCACCUCCCAAAAAUCCAGCACGCCUCAUGGCCCUGGCCCUGGCUGAGCGGGCUCAGCAGGUGGCCCAGAGACAGAGCCAGCAGGAGCAGGGGGGCACCCCAUCUGCUCCUCAGUCCCCUUUCCGCCGUUCACUGUCCCUGGAGGUGGGUGGUGAGCCCCCAGGGACCUCAGGGAGUGGGCCACCCCCCCACCCCCUAGUCCACCCAGGUGGCUGGGCUCCGGGACCCCCACCUUCCUUACCAAGGCAACAAAGUGAUGGGAGCCUGGUGAGGAGCCAGCGGCCCACAGGGACCUCGAGGAGGACACCCCGAGGCCCUACCCAGGUUAGUGCCCAGCUCAGGAGGGGUGGGGGGUGCGGGGCUGCGCCAGAGACGGCAGCCCAGUCCCUGUGUUCUGUCCCCCAGCAGGUUCCCACCCCUGGCUUCUUCUCAGCCCCCCGGGAGUGCCUGCCACCCUUCCUCGGGGUCCCCAAACCAGGCUUGUACCCCCUCGGCUCCCCAUCCUUCCAGCCCAGCUCUCCAGCCCCAGUCUGGAGGAGCCCCCUGGUUCCCCCUACACCACUGGACAGAGGAGAGAACCUGUACUAUGAGAUCGAGGCGGGUGAGGGGUCCCCCUACUCUGGCCCCACUCGGUCCUGGAGUCCCUUGCGCCCCAUGCCCCCAGACAGGCUCAGUGCCUCGUACGGCAUGCUUGGCCAAUCCCCACCACUCCAUAGGUCCCCUGACUUCCCGCUCAGUUACCCACCACCCUCCUGUUUUCCCCACGACCACCUUGGCUACUCAGCCCCCCAGCACUCGGCCCGGCGCCCCACCCGACCUGAACCCCUCUAUGUCAACCUAGCCCUGGGGCCCAGGGGCCCCUCACCCGCUUCUUCCAGCUCCUCCUCCCCUCCUGCCCACCCUCGCAGUCGCUCUGAUCCUGGCCCCCCAGCCCCCCGCCUCCCCCAAAAGCAGCGGGCGCCCUGGGGCCACCACACCCCUCACAGGGUACCUGGGCCCUGGGGCCCUCCAGACCCUCUCCCCUACAGGGCAGCCCCACCAGCCUAUAGGAGGGGGGGCGAGCACCACCGAGGGUCCCUGUACAGGAAUGGGGGGCAAGGGAGGGAGGGGGCUGGUCCCCCACCCCCCUACCCUACUCCCAGCUGGUCCUUCCACCCUGAGAGCCAGACCCAAAGCUACUGCUGAGCCAGAGCUGGGAGAGACCUUCCUUCUUUCUCUUCUCCUUUCACUGAUCUUGGUCCAACCUGCUCCCUUGUUUUGUAUUUUCCUGAGCUUCUGACC